UCAUAUUUUCAAUUUUUAAUUAUUAAAUUCCUCAAAAUCACAAGUCAGGGUUUUAUUCCCUUUUGGAGCCCACUUGUCUGUUUCUUUAAUUUUUUUUUUUCAUUUAAAUCUCUAUUCAGACUUCAUCAAUUUCAUGCGGCCACUUUUGUUUCAUUGAAACCAAAUCGCCCGAGAUAGCUUUGCUGGGAAGUUCGAGUCGCAUUUAGGUAUCUGUCACUGCAAUUUCAUUUACAAUCUGAAUUUAAGUGAGGAACCCAUUUGAGAAAUAUGAUGCUGCCAUUUGGUUAUUAAGGUUUAGAAGAUUUUGAUCCUGGCACAUUAAAUUCAAUGGAUUUGGAUCUCCUGAUUUUUAGUGUUUGGGAUUUGUCUGCAAUGGGGUUUUUGACAUGAGGAGUCCUAUAUAAAGAAGCAAAUAUUUUGGUGGUGUAUGCAAGGAACAAUGCAGUGCAUAUUUAGAAAACCACUAUUAUUUUUUCUCUUCUCCAUAGUGUUCUGCGGUUGCAUUCUUGCACAAUCUGAAAAUGAAAUUUUGCGAAGGUUGAGAUCUCCACCACAUAAAAAUGUGGGGAACAAUGUUAUAGAUGGCACUGGUACAGAGAGUGCCAUUGAUUUUGAGAGCACAAGUAGCGGACUUGGUGAUAGGAACAGCAUUUACAGCAGAGUUUCAAUAUCUACUGUUGCAUUAUUUACGUUGGCCAUGGCUGCUGCCACUGGUUUAGGUGCAGUGCCAUUCUUUUUUGUACAGCUGGAUCCUCAGUGGGCUGGAUUAUGCAAUGGGAUGGCUGCUGGAGUGAUGUUGGCUGCUAGUUUUGACCUAAUACAGGAAGGGCAGAAUCAUGGUGCGGGUAAUUGGGUUGUGAUCGGGAUUUUAUCUGGUGGAAUUUUCAUUUUGCUUUGCAAGAAGUUUCUUGAACAAUACGGGGAAGUAAGUAUGUUGGAUAUAAAAGGUGCAGAUGCAACAAAAGUUGUUCUUGUUAUUGGAAUUAUGACUCUUCAUUCAUUUGGAGAGGGCUCAGGUGUUGGAGUCUCCUUUGCUGGCUCAAAAGGUUUCUCUCAAGGCCUUUUGGUAACUUUGGCCAUUGCGGUGCACAACAUACCAGAGGGAUUAGCUGUGAGUAUGGUUCUUGCAUCAAGAGGUGUUUCUCCACAAAAUGCAAUGUUAUGGAGUGUAAUUACAUCUUUGCCUCAGCCCAUUGUAGCUGUUCCUUCGUUCAUAUGUGCUGAUGCAUUUAACAAGUUCCUGCCUUUCUGUACUGGCUUUGCUGCUGGAUGUAUGAUCUGGAUGGUUGUUGCUGAAGUACUUCCUGAUGCUUUCAAGGAAGCCUCUCCUUCUCAGGUGGCAUCAGCAGCUACAAUUUCUGUAGCAUUUAUGGAAGCUUUGAGCACCAUGUUUCAGAAUUUCAGCCAUGACUACAGUGCAGAAGAUGCUUCAGGUUUCUUUGUUUCACUGCUUUUUGGCCUUGGGCCGUUGCUUGGUGGCAUCAUUCUUGUUGCAUUUGCUCUUGCAUUCCAUCUUCAGCAUGCCCUUCUCAUGGGUGCAGCAUCUGGCAUUUCCUUUGUCCUCGGUGCAUGGCGACCACUACAGCUACUUGUGUCAUCAAAGAUGGGGAUUAUACCUCUUGUAUUUUUGCUUACUGUGGGAGCAGUAUUUGUCCAUUUUUGUGGCUCCAGUAUUUUGAGUCUUGCAGGUCGCAAAAGGGCAUCAGCAAAUAAUCUACCCACAAUAAGUGGCUUUCCCAUGAGUAUUCACACCCUUCAAUCGUUCCUUUCAUGCGGAGCAGUUGCCUUCCAUGCAUUGGCUGAGGGACUUGCCCUAGGGGUGGCUGCACCAAAAGCUUAUGGACUUGGUCGGCACAUGGUCCUUCCUGUCUCUUUACAUGGACUUCCCCGUGGUGCUGCUGUGGCUAGCUGCAUCUUUGGCGCUACCGACAGCUGGCACAAUGCUCUAGCAGCAGCUGCUUUAAUUGGAUUUAUGGGUCCAAUGUCCGCCAUUGGAGCAAUACUUGCAGGAAUUGACUACAGUGGUUUGGAUCAUAUAAUGGUUUUAGCAUGUGGGGGUUUACUCCCAAGCUUUGGAAGGAUAAUCCAAAGAGCACUAAACUUGGAUACUAGGAAAGGCAUUUCUGGGCUUGCAAUAGGAGUUGGUUUUGCUACUCUUUGCUUAACAUGCACUAAGUUGGUUUGCUUGCACACACCAUAUUGCAACUCUGCUCCAGAGGCUGUCACAUAAGAGCUAUUGAUUUGUCGUUCACUUUACUGCGAUGGCAUGUUCAGUGAACUUGAAAGAGCAGAUUAUCUCGGGGAUAAAAGGAUGAUUCCGUUGUAUACUAUUUUCUCUUUUUUUUUUUUUGGCUUUCUCAAUUCUCUAAAAGAUAUAAAGAGGAGGAAAAAUUUGUGGA